AUGAUCAUGCCAGGGAAAACAUGCGAAUUGAUUAUUCAUCAACUUUUACCGCCAGUUCGACGUGCUUGCCUUCUUGUACCUGAAUUAACACUAAGUAUAUUAACUUCAUCUCAUCCUCUUUGGCAUAUUCCUUAUGAAGAAGCAAUAGCUAAAUUAGAUCGAUCGGAUCCAUGGUGGGCUUUUCUUUGGCCAGGUAGUCAAGGGUUAGCUCGCUAUGUAUUAGAUAAUAAGUCAUUGAUUCGUGGACGUUGCGUAUUAGAUAUCGGAUGUGGAUGCGGUGCAAGCGCAAUAGCAGCCAAAAUUGCAGGAGCAACCAAUGUGAUCGCUAAUGAUAUUGAUAAAGAUGCUCUGAUUGCCACUCGUCACAAUGCUCAAUUGAAUGAUGUUACGAUCAAUAAGUUUUCUUCAUAUAAUCUUAUUCAAAAUCCGUCAUUGGCUUUCCAAAACAAUAAAAUUGACUUACUCAUAAUUGGUGAUAUGUGUUACGAUGAUCAACUUGCAAAACAAAUAUUACAUUUGAUAAUAGCUGCUCAUCAACACCAUAUUCAUGUUUUACUUGCUGAUCCAGGCCGAUACAGUUUCAAAUCGAUUGUUAUGAAUCAACUUAAAGAUAAAAUGAAGCGUGUUUGUGAAUAUCCAAUUAUUGAUCGUGAUUAUGUCGAAUCUGAUUUCGAGACAAUACAAAUUUGGACAACAUAA